GACAAAGGCAAGAUUGGGGCGGACAAGUUGCACAACUGGUUCAAGAGCUGCCAUUGGGCGAAAGACACGGAGAUCCCCAGCAAGACUGUAGUGGAGACAGCCAUCACAUUGUGGAAGAAAUUGAACACGGUCACAGGCUUGCUUCAAGUCGUGCAUCAAGCUGAGCUUCUCUAUGGUGCUGCGGACUCGCCGUUUCAAACGAUCCUGCAAAUGAAUGCCAUGACUCUUGGCAGUCAGAAGCCAACGGGGCAAAGGUUGCUGUGGGUGUUCCAGUCCGUUCUGGACAUGCGACGAGCCGGCGCCCUGAAGCUGGAAGACAUCACCAAGAACAAGUUAGUCGAUACAGCUACCUUUACGCCGUGCGAUUUGUUUGCUUACAAGUAUGGUGUUCUGCAGGAGCUCCUGGCCCCUGAGAAUAUGAGCCUGUUCAACACGGAUUUUGUUGCCGAGUGCCGCAGGCAUCUGAAUGAUGUCGAGUCUUUCCGGAAAGCUUUUGGGUACCGCAACAAUGAGGCCGCAAUGUAUCAAGGCACUCCUGAAGCAGCGACGUGGCGCAGCUCCCUGCAGAAGCACGAGGACGGAGCUGAGACUGCGACAUUCCUGGACUUCGUGGAGGCCGCAAUCUUCGAUCGGAACUGCAUGAAGAUGGCGAAGCCGGCUGUGGAUGCUUUGAAGCAUGGGACCAUCGCUACUGGCCUUCAGGCAGUCCAUGAUGCCGCCCACCAGCUCUUGUCAGAAAGUAUGCCCAAAAAGGCUGAUGACGCCGAGCCAGCGCAAAUGGAAGUAGAUCCUGAAGAAGCGGGAAAAUCCAAAGAGGAUGAUCCCAUGGCGGAGAUGGACGAGGAGUCUCGCGAGGCCAUGGCGAGGUGGCAAGCCGCUGCUGCCUCGAGAGUCCGAAACUGCGUGGAGCUCAUGGUGCGGCCCGCCAAGUUGUCCCAAGAUGAGAUGAUUGAGAUGCUCCGGCAGUCCCCUGGUUUCAUGCAGAAGCCUGCUGAGCACCAUUUCAACUUGGUGGUUUAUGAUGGCAAGACGGAGGGUGAGUCCAAGACACAGCCGGCCAUCCGCAUGCCCGCCAACCGGCAGAGCUACAUGGCUGCAUCAGUCGGUGCCGCCCUGAGAGCUGGUUGCGAGGAGUACUUGGCCUCUGGGCAGCCGGAGGAGGAUGUCUUGGAGAUCAAUGGCAACACGAUCUUCCUGUUCUUUGACGCCUUCAAACGUGACAAUCACAGCAUCUUUGAGAAGAUUUUCCAGCUGCCAGAUCGCAAGCUCCAGAAGAGUCGCCGGCUGUUGUACAUUUCGUACGAGGAAUCUACAUUCCUCAGGCGGACCCGCACCAGGGUCAGCAAUUGGCUCGACAUGGACAUUGUCGAACAGGCGGUCAUCAUCAGCCGGGAGUCUUUGAAGUUGCAGCCUCGGCAGCGACUGAAGUACGAGAACAGCUCAAAUCGUUUCAAUCAUAUCGGGCCGGUCACAUUGGAGGACCCUACGAAAGAUUGGAAUCUUACCAUCGCUGAGAAGAAGGAGCUGCUCGGGGACACUCUGCGAGAACAGGGAGGGAAGGCUAGCGUGCUGCCUGACGCAGAGUUGAUGCCCCAGAAACGUGCUGCCACGGACUUGGAGCCCGUGAGCUGGCAUGGCAAUUCCGUGGACUUUUGGAAAGAGAUGCUCCAUGGAUAUCUCGCAUCUUCGGUCACGGACCUGACUCCUCAGAAUGACAACCUGGCACUGGCCGCCAUCCAGCUCAAUGUCAAGUACGUUGCUUUCUGCAACACUCAUGCCCAUGUGGAGAUGUUGCAGAAGAGGCUCCAGGAUCGCGUCUUUGAGCUCCAGCGUGAUCCCUCCUGUGAGAGCUUGUACAGUGCGGUGGCUGUUUCGGAGCUUGAGUUCCUUUCUCAGGGCCAGGGUGAUGCGGCGGCCCCCAACAAGAAGGGUGCGAAGGGCAAGGGCAGGAAGGCUGGCAGGACAGGGAAGGGCAAGAGCAAAACAGGUGGGCCUGAUGCACAGGGAUCCGGGGAAAGGGGCGCAGGCGAUGCUGCUGGCCCAGGAGCUGGAGCCAAGGGUGGCACAGAAGGUUCGGGCGAAGGCGCGCCCAAUCCAGGAGGCGAUGGCGCCACAUCUGGCAAGGGUCGCAGGACUGGCAGGACAGCGUCAUCAUCGUCAGACUUGGCAGCGCUGCUGAAGAAGAUCACUGGCGGUGAGUCCUCCAGUGGUGACACCAAGGGCCAGGGGGACGCCUGA